GUUUUUCCUUGAAGUAGCGGAACUGUUGGAGUUUGUAGAAGAAUUAAAAAAAUAAAUAUUGUAAUUUGGUCGAUCAAAUGCACAUGUUCUUAGUGUGAUGGAGAUUCCCCCGUCAACCACAAAUUUUUAAGAUCUCUCUCAAUUAUUUAGUUUCAAUAACUCUUCUUCUUCUUCUUCUUCUUCUUCUUCUUCUUCUUCUUCUUCUUUCCUAUCUGUCUCUACAACACCAGAGAGAUAGAGAGAAAGAAAGAAACUUUCAGAUCUCUCUUUCUCUCUCUCUCUCUAGCAAUGGCAGAUGAACCUUCUAUUACUCGAUGGUCAUUUCAGGAUUUUAAACUGUCUUAUGAUGCAAAGUUUGGAAGAAAAAAGGAACCUGUCAAGAAAGAUGAUGAACAUAAUCAAAUUACUAAUGCACCAAAUGGUUAUGAAAAUUCUUCAAUGAAUGGGAAUGGACAUGCACAGAAUACAUCUGACCUGGCUAUCUACGAGCAAUAUAGGCUUCAGGGGCAGAGGAACCUUUCAAAUACUAAUGGAAUUGCUAAUGGGGGAAUCAGUGAUAAACCGAAGAAAUCACUGUUUCCGCCGUUUGAGUCUGUAGAAAUGCGAAACUUGGCUGAGAGUUUAAGUAGGGAUAUUAUCCGUGGAAACCCAGAUGUGAAAUGGGAAAGCAUCAAGGGGUUAGAGAAUGCAAAACGUCUUCUUAAGGAAGCAGUUGUAAUGCCAAUUAAGUAUCCUAAGUAUUUCACUGGUCUUCUAUCACCGUGGAAAGGUAUUCUGCUCUUUGGCCCUCCAGGAACUGGGAAGACUAUGCUUGCCAAGGCUGUUGCAACUGAAUGUGGGACUACUUUUUUUAACAUCUCUGCUUCAUCCAUUGUCAGCAAAUGGCGUGGUGACUCGGAAAAAUUAGUAAAAGUAUUAUUUGAACUUGCAAGGCACCACGCUCCAUCAACCAUAUUUCUUGAUGAAAUUGAUGCAAUCAUUAGUCAGCGAGGUGAGGGACGCAGUGAGCACGAAGCAAGUCGACGCCUGAAAACUGAGCUACUUGUUCAGAUGGAUGGUUUGACCAAGACAGAUGAACUUGUUUUUGUUUUGGCGGCAACAAAUCUUCCUUGGGAGCUGGAUGCAGCUGUGCUUCGACGUUUGGAAAAACGUAUCCUCGUACCUCUUCCGGAACCAGAGGCGAGAAAAGCCAUGUUCGAGGAGCUGUUGCCAGCAGUGUGUGAAGCAGAAGAUCUUCCGUAUGACCUGUUGAUUGAAAAGACUGAAGGCUAUUCCGGUUCAGAUAUCCGCUUAGUAUGCAAAGAAGCAGCUAUGCAACCCCUGAGACGGGUAAUGAAGGAGCUAGAGAACAAGGAAGAGGUGGUACCUGAGGAGGAGUUGCCAGUGAUUGGUCCAAUCAGACCCGAAGAUAUCGAGACAGCAUUGAUAAAUACAAGGCCAUCGGCUCACCUUCAUGCUCCACGAUAUGACAAAUUUAACACCGACUAUGGCAGCCAAAUCCUCCAGUGAAGGCCAUAGUGCAUUAUUUAUUUUAAUUUUGGGCGUGGCUUCAGAUGUUCAUUGGGUGUAUACAUCACUAUCUAUGUCUGAAUUUGAGAACCAAAUGUGCGAACUUAGAUGUUGUGUGUAAUUGUUUAUCUUCAAGUACAUAAGACUACGGUUGGCUGUCAAUGAGGUUUUUGUAAGAUUGUCAGCUAUAGUUUUCACAAUAUAGGAAAAGGAAAUGUGCCGUAUCUUUUAUCACUA